AUGUUGGAUGUAAACGCUAACACCAACUUGAAUGCGAGUGCGAGUACCAACCAUCGAGAGAGAUUGGAGAUACAACCAGCCCCACUCCGAGUCAGAGAUAACGAGCCUGAGUAUGACUUCAAUUUCCAGGACGACCAACCUGCAGGAGAGCAAGAUCAUUACCCUGUCGAACGUCGAGCACCCAACCACCAACCCCUCCAAGACUAUAAUUUCCGUCCAGUUCCAUGGCCUGAUGUACGAAUUCCUGGCAGUGACCAGGAUCAGGAGGACCGGCCAUCUCUUGUUCCGAGAGCCUUCAAUGAGCGGCCAGGUGUCCGUCUUGCAUAUCUUAACACGGUGAUAGGCAACGUCUUUGGGAAACAGAGCAUCCAAGCUGCAACAGAUGCCCUCAAUAAUCAGCUCAAUUGUAUGCUUCUCGAAGGUGUAUUACCCGAACAUCCGCGACCUGUCCGUCAUCUCCUGAGUGCGAAACGUCGACUUGGCAUCGAUCCUGACCAAUGGAUCACCCAGUAUGCCAUAUGCCCCGAGUGCUGGAAGCAUCUCACCCCCAAUCAACUCAAAGAGCUUGCAUCCCCCGAGUGUACUGUUCUGGACUGCCCAGGAAUAUUAUACGAUGAAUGUACAGAUGCAAAAGGCAAGCGUAUCCGAAUUACGAGAAAAAUCAUGCCGCACGUAUCCCUGAUAGGAAGCCUUCGACGGAUGUUCAUGCGACCUGGUUUUGCAAAAUCAAUUCGAGACAGCCGACAAGACCAGCCACGACGAAAUGAUGAUGAUGACUAUGUCAUGAUGGACAUUCAUGAUGGCACACUAUGGCAUGAACUCGAGACGAACACUGUCCGCGAGACUGGUGAAUUGGGUACUGUCCGCGACCGUCCUCAAGAUAAUGGACCGACAGCGACGAAGCUUACUGAACAUCGAUAUGGCCUGCAUUUGACCUUGAAUAUUGACUGGAUGGGUAUACUGGAAAACCGGCCCCACUCUAGCGGUCCCAUCUAUUAUGCCAUAAACGACCUUCCACGAGAUCAGCGAUUCCUGCAGGUCAACGUCAUAUGUGCUGCGAUUAUGCCAGGUCCAAAGGAGCCAAACAUACAGCAAAUCAAUCAUUGCUUGGAGCCCUCCACUCGUGAGCUGAUGGACCUCAAGAAUGGUGUAAAAAUGAACGUUUAUGGAGAAGAAGAAGAAGUAGAUGUGUUUGCGGAUAACGAGGUCCUUGCCUGUGAUAUGCCGGCUUCACACAAGUGCAACGGAACAGCUGGCCACAGUCAUGACUUCCAUCCGUGCGCGUUUUGCGAUGCUGAUGUUGUCAAGAUUAACACGCCGGAUGGUUACAAUGACACAUGGUCUGCAAAGGACGAUUUUCAUAUGCUCCGUCAGAGUUUCUACUCCAGGGAUGCAGGUCCCGCUCGCCGAGAAGCAAUCUUGAGGGAUCAUGGUGUUAGAUGGUCCAUUCUCAACCUACUCUCUGGCUGGUUACCAUCGAAGAAGUCAGUGCUCGACUUCAUGCACUGUAUCUUCCUUGGCAUCAUAUCACAUCUAUUCAUGCGUGUACUGUUUGGUGGAUACAUGCUAUCAGGAAUGGGUGGUAACGAGUCACCAAAACGCCGUUUCGAAGACAUUGUGAAUGCUGUUAGAUGGCCCAGUCACGUCACUCGAUUGCCAAAAAAUCUAGGUGAAAAUCAAUCACUCAAGAAGGCAGAUGAGUGGCGUCGUAUUCUAACAAUCACUCCGGUCAUUCUCUGGUGGUCUUGGAGGGAUGCUAAUGACGAGAUACCGAACACAGAGCCUCCUCUUCCACCCAACACUGUUGCCCCGGAUUUCUCACGUAACCGUCGCUCGCUGUAUCAUGCCAUACUUCAUCUUUGCAUGGGAGUCCGCAUUCUCGCAUCCCGCUCCAUCUCAAUGGCUCAGGCUCGCACCGGUCAGAGCUUCUUAGCCCACUACUGUUUAGAAUGUCUGCAGCUUCGCAUUCCACUUACCAUCAAUCACCAAGCUUCGAUGCAUACAGCUGAAAUGAUCAAGAAAUGUGGUCCUGUAUAUGCCUGGUGGCUCUUUGCAUUCGAGCGGUUCAACGGCAUGUUGGAACGUGUUCACCAUAAUGGUCACGAUGGAGGGCGAAUUGAACUCACUCUCUUACGGAACUGGGUCCAAACUCAUCUCAUUUACGAAUACCUCCUGGCUCUUCCUGCUGACACUCAUUCAUUCGAACGAGACCAAAUUAACCGCAUUAUCAAGGUACAAGCCCAAGACCGCGGAAGUAUGAUGACACAGAUAGCAGUUUAUCAGAGCGAAGCUGCUGAAGACAAUGUCAGGUUACCACUCCGUAAUGCGAAAUUGAUCAAUCUUCGUGCAUAUGGUUCACCUCCAGGAACAUUCUAUCUCAUUCUUCUCCAGUACUUUCACUCUCUGUGGCCCGACCUUAAUCUUGUUAGUGACUUAUCCUGUGAUGAUGGCACCCCCUUCCGUGCAAACAAGGUAGCUCGUGCACUCACCUACAUUCGUAAAGAUGGGAUUCGCUAUGGCUGUACCAUGAAUCGACGCACGCAGGCCGACUCCUUUGCAUUUAUAUCUCAAGGUAGAGUCCGUGUCCCUGUACAAAUAACAGCACUAUUUGUCGUUGGGGUCCUCGACACCAUUCCUCACGUUUGUGCCGUUGUACGAAGAUUAGUAUCUGAUGAUGACAUUCCUGCAAUGCCAUGGGACCUCUACGCAUCAACACUCGGUAUCCAUGUCUCCUACACUGAACUCGGCCCUCAAGAAGUUAUUCCGGUCUCACGGAUUGAGUGCCCACUGGCAUUGAUUCCAGUGUACUCGAACAUCAUCAAAAAGGAUCUGUGGAUUACCAUCUCGUUUGACCAUGUAAGUUACAAACUAUGA